AUGGAAACUCGAGGGUACAAAUGGUUGCUCAAAGCUUUAGCAUGGAAAAAGACACAGUUAAAAGUGCUAGAAACUUAUUUGGUACGCCAGGGAAUUGUGGAAGCUAAAAUUUAUACUGAUAGCUUAGGUAGAGUAAAGAGUAAAAAAAAUAUCGCCUCAGGCCAUUUAACAAUUUCUGAUGCUAUGAAUGAUUUUCUAAGCCAACACACUCAAUUAAUAAGGACUUCGGGGGAAACAUUGGCGAUAGUGUAUCAUAGAAACGGAAGAUUAUUUUUGAGUCGCCAAUCAGUAAUGGAUUUUAUACAAAAACCGAAUGGAACACCUUCAGUGUUCGCUGUGCAAAAAAUGGAACCGCAUUUGGAUGACCAGUAUGGGAUUUACAGCUUAAGGAUUUUUUAUCUAAAUCAUCAGUAUGAUACAGAGUUUACAAUAAUUAAAGAAAAAUCCAGGAAAAAGGUCAAGGAUAAAGUUUCUUUUCAGCAGAUUAAAGAUAUAGGAAUUGUUAUACUUAGGACUAUUGAAGAGAUUGAGAGAAAAAGACUUUUAUCACUUGAUUUAGAAUUCAUUAAAGACGAAAACGGAAAUUUUUGACUAGCAUUCUGUUCCGAUUGUAAAGUUAUUGACCCCGAAAUUUGUUUAACUAAAGAUUUUAGUUCUUUAAAAGACAUUGAAGAGUCUACUAUAAGCAAAAAUUAUUCAAAUAAUUUUACGUCAGCUGACGAAACACAAGAAAAAAUCCCUGAAAAUAAAUAUGUGCUAAAAAGAGGACAGCUUAGAAAUGUUGAUAGUAAGCUUUCAUCUCCUAUUAGAGUUGUUUCACCUAGAGAUUCAAGUGAUGAAGAAGUCCAAGCAAGUCCCAAAAAAGUCGUAUGGUCCAAGUUUCAGCAAACUUUAAAAGCAAAAAUAUUAGCUGCAGCAGUUAUAACAAAUCUCGCUAAAAAGGUCAGGCAAAAAACAAAAGCUAUAACUUCAAGAAGGAAAAAAUACAUUAACAAAACUGACCACAGCAUUUUCAAUAAAAUCAUUAAAAGCAGCAUAAACGAAACCCAAGAAACUUCACAAGACGAAUUAACAGUCAACUCCAAUUUUUUAGAACUUGCGUCAAAAACACAAAUAAAAAGCAGGUAUAAAGGGCUGAGCUUUAAAAUAGGCUUUGAGUUUGAAGAUGCUGAUAUUAAAAAAGAAAAACAAAGGAUUCUAGCCGCAGUUAAAGAAAAUCCGCAAAAUCGAUCAUUAGGAAGACUUAAUCAAAGAGAACUGUUUUGGGAUCAAGAUAUUACACCUAGAGAAAAAAAUACAAAAAGUCUUGAUGAAAAUGGAUACUUGAAUCCUAAGAAAUUCCAGAGCGCCAUGACGAUGAGAACAAGCAUUAGACCCAUCCAAUCCUAUAAUGAAUUGGUGACAAGCUCUGCAAACACACCCUCAAUAUUAGGAAAAGCACUGAAAUCGUCAAUGAAUAGGGUCAUAAUUAAAUCCCCAAGUUAUGAAGCAAUUAAAAACCAGCAAGUCAUUCAUUAUUAG